AUGAAGGUCUUCUCCAACAGCGUCACCUACAACUACUCGUGGGAAGAGGUCUCGACGGCCAACUGGCGCAAGUACGGCCCCUGGAACAACAAGUCGGAGCACGUCAUCGCCGUCGACACCCUCUCCCGCAGCGUCGACCCCUCGACCGGCAUCCUGCGGACGGAGCGCCUCAUCACAUGCAAGCAGUCGGCGCCCGAGUGGCUCAAGACCAUCAUGGGCACAACCAUGGAGGUUAGCCACGUCUACGAGGCGUCGUACGUCGACCCGGCCGCGCGCACCGUCACCAUGGUUAGCCAGAACCUGACGUGGAGCAACCUCGUCAACGUCCAGGAGGAGGUCGUCUACCGGCCGCUGGGCGAGCACCAGACCCAGUUCGCCCAGAGCGCGCGCAUCACCGCCCUCUGCGGCGGCUGGCAGCGCAUCAAGAACAGCAUCGAGGAUACCCUCGUCAACCGCUUCCGCGAGAACGCCAUCAAGGGUCGCGAGGGCUUCGAGCGUGUCCUCGAGAUGAGCCGCCAGGUCUUUGCCGAGGAGAAGGAGAGGCAGCGCAUGGCCGCUGCGCUGUAA